AUGGGAGUUAUCAGCAUUAUCACAUCACUUACUCCAGGAGAUCCUCGGUCCCGACAUCCACUCCCACGACGUGAAGAUAACAAUAGAGAAACGAGCCGGCGUGCUCCUACUUUCAGUCUUCCGCGCUAUGAAGCUGCUCCUCCUUCUUACGAAUCUCUUUCUACUGCAUCUGCGAAAUUUGAGGGUGCUGUAUCAAAGUCUGAUAGUCAUCGUGCUAUACCGAGACCGAAUUCUGAAGGUUUAGUUGCACAUAGCGGGUCAUCUAACAGGCCGCAAUCUUCUCACUCAUUAAAAAAGGAGAGACCUCAUUCUUCUUAUGCAUCAAAAGUCGACCGUCGAUUUUCCCAGGCAUCAUUCGAGGAGAGUCGCCAUUCCUCUGGAGGUGAACCUGAUCUUUCCCAUGAACCGACCAAGGAUAGGCGACGCUCUGCCACGGCGAUAAGAUCCGAAGGUGAUUCCCGGCACCAAACUCGCCAUGAUUCUACAAGUGUGUAUAAUCAACAGUCGGCUUCCUAUAAUCACAGCAUAGAUGAAGCUUCACGUUUCCCCAGAAGCGCUGAGCAAGCUCGGGUCACUACUGGUUUUGCAACAUUUGAUGAAUGGUGCAGCAAUCGCUCCAAAUAA